CACCAAAAAUUACAUAUAAACAUAUUCAAACUCAGACUAGUCUGCAGACUUCGGACCAGACUUGGACCGAACUUAUAAUUGAGUCAGGAUCAGAUCUUUUUUUUAAAAAUUCUAUAUUUUUAGAGAGAGGCUCUUCUUCUACAAUUUCAUCUUCUACUUCAUAA